CUCCUCCCUCCACGUCAAAGGGAACCCGGCGCAGCAGCCAACAUGGCGGAACGCAGGCGACACAAGAAGCGGAUCCAGGAAGUUGGUGAACCAUCAAAAGAAGAGAAGGCUGUAGCUAAGUAUCUUCGAUUCAACUGUCCUACAAAGUCCACCAAUAUGAUGGGUCACCGAGUUGAUUAUUUUAUUGCUUCAAAAGCAGUGGAUUGCCUUUUGGAUUCAAAGUGGGCAAAGGCCAAGAAAGGAGAGGAAGCUUUAUUUACAACAAGGGAGUCUGUGGUUGACUACUGCAACAGGCUUUUAAAGAAGCAGUUUUUUCACCGAGCACUAAAAGUAAUGAAAAUGAAGUAUGAUAAAGACAUAAAAAAAGAAAAAGAGAAAGGAAAAGCUGAAAGUGGAAAAGAAGAAGAUAAAAAGAGCAAGAAAGAAAAUCUAAAGGAUGAAAAGACAAAAAAAGAAAAAGAAAAAAAAAAAGAUUGUGAAAAGGAAGAAUCCAAAAAGGAGGAAACUCCAGGAACUCCUAAAAAGAAAGAAACUAAGAAAAAGUUCAAGCUUGAGCCACAUGAUGAUCAAGUUUUUCUGGAUGGAAAUGAGGUGUUUGUGUGGAUCUAUGACCCAGUUCACUUUAAAACAUUUGUCAUGGGAUUAAUUCUUGUGAUUGCAGUGAUAGCAGCCACCCUAUUCCCUCUUUGGCCUGCAGAAAUGAGAGUAGGUGUCUAUUACCUCAGCGUGGGAGCAGGCUGUUUUGUAGCCAGCAUUCUUCUCCUUGCUGUUGCUCGUUGUAUUCUGUUUCUCAUCAUUUGGCUGAUAACUGGAGGAAGACACCACUUCUGGUUCUUGCCAAAUCUGACUGCUGACGUGGGCUUCAUUGAUUCCUUCAGGCCUCUGUAUACACAUGAGUAUAAAGGACCAAAAGCAGACUUAAAGAAAGAUGAGAAAUCUGAAACCAAAAAACAACAAAAAUCCGACAGUGAGGAAAAGUCAGACAGUGAGAAAAAGGAAGAUGAGGAGGGAAAACUAGGACCAGGAAAUCAUGGAACAGAAGGUUCAAGUGGAGAACGUCAUUCAGACACGGACAGUGACAGGAGGGAAGAUGACCGAUCCCAACACAGUAGUGGAAAUGGGAAUGAUUUUGAAAUGAUCACAAAAGAGGAACUGGAACAGCAAACAGAUGGGGAUUGUGAAGAGGAGGAAGAAGACAACAAUGAUGGAGAAACAAUGAAAUCUUCACAUGAAAAAUCAUAAUCUGACUAAUUUGGGGACUGAAUAAGUGCAAGAAGUUGGAUUUUCUAUGUUGGCUGGGUCAUCAUAAUUACACGACAUUUGUAGCAUUCUUUAAGUCCAUUUGCUGAAAUGUAUUGACAUCAUAGCAGUUACAUUCAGUCCUUCAUUUCAUAGAAUCCUAUUGGUACAGCCGAAAGCCAUUUAUAAGUUUUAUCCAUUUGAUAAUUUUAUAGUGAGUAGAUUUCAUUCAUUUUGAUAAUUCUCAAAGAUGCACUUUUCAUAACAUUUAAAUUAAUGGGAUUUUUGACAGAUGUGUGGCUUUUUACUGUUAGAAUAAUCCAAAUAUAACUGAAAGGGAUAUAAGAGAAACACCAAUAUUUCCGAUUGUGCAUAUAGGUAUAUAGCCAUUUCUCAGAUUCUUUAAGAUGAAAUGCUAAAACUCAUUGUUUUUGAUAGCUAAGCUUUUUUGUUCAUUAUAAAACUGUACCAGGAAAUUUCUAAGAUUCUGAGUUAGCAGGGUUCAGAAGCAUUUUGUGGAAAUAAGCCAACUAGAAAUAAUGCAGCAACACUUUUAGUUUAGCUACAAAUUCUCCUUUUCCAACUUAGGAAAUCCAAACUGAUUUGUACACAUCUAAUUCAGAAAAAGAUGAUCAUCUCCAACAGAGAAAGCAAACAACAUUGGUCGGAAUGUGACGACUUCUUCCUUCCCCAUUUCCUUGUGGUAAAGUAAAAAUGUAUUCUGUACAUAAUUUACAAAUAAACAUUUUAUUUUAAUUGUUACUCAUUAUUUAGACAUUUUCUCAACACUUAAAUUUGUAAAAAUUAAGACCAUAUUAGGGUAUGUUUUUAGAAAAAUGGAAGUUUCAAUAACUCACAGAACAUCUGUGAUCUUUCUACAGCAGCUUCGGUUUUGUGCCAACAUUCCAUGUAUUUGAUAUGAGUUAAAACAGUCCUUAUUAAAUAAGAGCAGACUUAAAGUAGCUGUUUGUACGCCUUAAUGUUCAUUUUGAUUUAUCUUAAAAUUCUACAUUCAGAAAUGGGAUACUGUACUAUCAGACCAGGGGCACUGCUAUGAAAGAUAAUUUACUGUUCUAAAAUACCAAUUUAAAAUAAAGAACAUAAAAGAAA